AUGUUCUUUGAGAACAGGGUCAAACUGAGCCAUGAGUUCAACUUCUUUAGUAAAAGUUCCCAUUAUGGGCUGGUAAAGUGUGUAUGUGGACCCUCUGAGAGGAAGAUUUCGUUCUGCCAGACUAUGAAUUAUAGCCAUGAACCUGUCGUGUCCAUUGGCCUGACAAAAACUGAAAGUGAAGAGGAAGAGCGAAAAAGUUUAGUAAUCGAAGAAACCCAGUCCAGGACCAACGUCGAAUUGGAUUACAACGGUUGCCAUGCAGAAGCUCAAAAACAUCGAAGUCUUAUUCAAGUUCAAGGAUCAGAAGCUGCUGCAUUUUUGCAGGGUCUCAUAACAAAUGAUGUUGAACAUCUGGAAGAAGGGGCCACUAGUAUGUUCUCCAUGCUGCUGAACACCCAGGGAAGAAUUCUUUUUGAUUCCCUAAUAUACAAGAAAAAAGAUCAUACAUACCUUGUAGAAUGUGAUGCAAGAAAGGCUGAACAGUUGAUUAAACAUUUGAAAAUGUUCAGAGUAAGAAGGAAAAUUGAUAUAGAUCAUGUGGAUAACCAUUGUGUUUGGGCAGUGUUUGAUAAUAAUAUCAGUUUUGAGGAUAUUACUCCAAUGGACAUGGAAUCGCUAUAUAUGAACCCAAAGUCAGAGUCAAGAGUAGAUUAGAACUGCCUGACAAUUUAUAAAAGUGAAGUAAUUGCAACUAGGGAUCCUAGAUUGAGAUAUCUUGGCCAUAGAGUGAUUGUGCCUGUAAAUGCCAAUAUAAGGGACAUAAUUCCUGAAACAGAGGUUACUGAUGGGAUGUACAAAACACUAAGAUAUAGAUUAGGGGUUUGUGAAGGCAUUGAUGAAAUUCCCCCAACUAAAUGUUUUCCAUUAGAAGCAAACUGUGAUUAUCUCCAUGGAGUAAGUUUCCACAAAGGAUGUUACAUUGGCCAAGAACUGACAGCACGAACAUUUCAUACAGGUGUAGUUCGGAAGAGGUAUAUGCCCAUCACAUUUUCUGGUGAUGCAUCUCACUUAGCCUUUGAUUCAAAUGUAGUUAAUGAAAAAGGAAAAGCAGUUGGAAAAGUGCGGGGAAUUACUGGUGUUCAAGGUAUAGGUCUUAUGAGAAUUGAAGAAUCCUUGGCUGCUCAAGAACUAACUGUAGAUAAUUUGACUGUUUAUGUUUGUAAACCAGCUUGGUGGCCUUUUGAAGCUUCAAAAGAAAGAGCUAAGUAGUGCUAAGUAAUGUAGAUAUAUAUAUGAUAUUGAGAUAUCUUGUGGCAAGGUUUAUGAAUUGUAAUGUGUAGUAACUCAGUGGUAUCAGAGCAUUUGAACAUAUGAAUAUAUUGGAACAGUGCACAGUAUAGACUCUUGAGUUCAGGAUUCCUGAAGGCACAAAUAUUAUGAUCAUAAGUCUUCUGAGUCAAUGAAAUAACAAUACUGUACCUCCCUUUCCUAAUUGAAGAUUUGUUAUAGCUGUGUUUUCUAGAAAUGCAUAUUACUGAAGUCUUUGAAAUUGUAUUAUUAUUUUGAUGUGCUUAUAAAUUUAGUCAAAGGAAUUUACUCACUUCAACAUUACAGGCACUCUUAGGUGUUGUAUGAAUGUCAUUAUCCAUACUAGUGUUGGGAAGACUUGUUUAUUUUUUUCAAUAAGGGGAUUGAAAGUCCUUUGACAAAGCACUGGUGAAGAAUAUAGAUGUUGAUGCUGUGCAAGAUCAGUUGGGGAUGCCAAUUCUAAAAUCACCAGCCACCAAAAGCAGUAGUAUAAUUUUUAUAUUAAGCUUAUGGUGGAUGGUCAUUCAGGUACUUUUUCACCGAGUGUCAAUCAUGGUUACCUUUGUGGGUAAAAUAGAAUCCACCAAUAACCAGUUCUGUAUAGAAGGAAAAUAUCCUAAAAAGUAGGCAGUAUACAGACAGGGUGAAUAAUGUAUGAAGAGUAAAACAAAAGGUAUUAAGCAUAUUGUACCUUCCCUUAUCAAAAAUGGCCUUGUCUCUUAUGCUAUAUACAUGUAGCAUAUCCAAAAACAAUCUAGCUUCCUGGCAUCCUGGCAGCAUUAACAGUUAUAUUUUUAAGUUUUGAAAAAGGUAUCUUUCAGUUGAAGGUAACCAAACAUAUCUGGUUUUCAAAUUCCUUAACUUCCAUGACCCUUUCAGUAAUAUGGUAUGGGAGGAUUGUAUGAGUUCUUGUUAUCAACAUUAGGUUUUGCUAUAGUUGCAUCUCCUGUAUCAUUUACUGUACUGAAGGGUAAAUGAGAAAUUAAAAAAGAAUGCGUCACAUCUAAUAUCAUGUUCGCAUCAACAAGGCUUUUGUUAUCUGCAUGUUGUGCAAUCUGUUUUUAACAAUCAACAAUCUUGUUGGUUAAGACUGUAAAUAAACGUCCUGCACGUUGGUGUAGUUUCAAUAAAAACAAUUAUCACCAAUAAUUCUCUUUUGCCCCCAGAAAUAUUAGAGAAAUCAGAUGAUAUACAUACUCUCUAGUAUGACUGAUGCAUAGUGUUGUAAACUAUAUUAACAAAUUACUCAUUUUCUCAGUGAUAUAAGCAUAUUACAGCAUUUACAUACAAAUUGGGUUGUCGUAGUAUCUUGAAUUUUGCUGUGUACCAUCAGUGUUACAUGAGAUUAAUAUGAAGUUCCAUGAUUUUCCUAAGUUACUAUAGUAUUACUUGAAGUUUGCAAUUUAUAGCUUGAUUUAUGUAUGGGAUAUGAAAGUUGCAUAUGCAUUUUAAGCAGCUGUUACUAGUCAUAUUGUUUGAGUUUUCAGUUAUAAAACACUGAUGUUUAUUGAAAUAUUGUGUACCAUAUUAAACUAUGACACAUUAACAAGCUACUGUAUAAAAGUGUAGUUCUGUGCUCAUCGGAAUAAAAUUAUAUUUCC